AGAGAGAGAGAGAGAGGCGUUUUACGACUCCCACCUUCUAGAACUGCUGAAGCCUGAAACCAACAUUGCUCUUCCCAUGUUCUCAUCUCUGCCACUCGAACAGAAGUACCCUUCAAUACCUCGGCCACUCUACGUAGAAACAGGGUGAGAUGACUAUAAGUGUAGAGCUCCCGACUGUUGUUUUCCUUUUAUGCUCCUCCUCGUGACCCACUAUGCACAGAAACCAUCCUCUCUUAUCUCUCUUAUGCUCUCUCUUAGACGCUUCUUUGUAUACUCAAGAGUAUUGAGAUAUAUUUCCUUCCUUUCGACAAGCCUAUUCUCAUCACAGCUUGGGUUUCUGAGUGUUCACCCCGUUUUAUUAUGGUCAGAGCGUUUUUCUUUUGAUUAAUAUAUCUUAUAAUUCUUGUUUUUUCCUUCGUUCUAGUUUUAAGCCAACUGCUUUCAUUGGCUGUAUUUCCAGGGUUUAGGGUUUUUGAAGUGUGGCAAGUUUUGAGCUUUUCUUGGCACUGGAUCUCUCAAUUACCUUCUGAUUCUGAAGGCCCGAUCUUGUUCCAGAGAUGGAGUUUCUUCAAAGUUCGGACUUUGCUACAUGUUUGGUCUGUUUUAGCUCUUAAAUACAUGUUGAACCACUCUAACAUCAAAGUCUGGACUCAAUCAGAUUUUGAGAUUUCAGCAUUCCAGCUCCUAGUGAUUUUCUUCAACACACGUUAUUCUCCGGGUUUUGAAUUCAACUCUACAUUUCGUGUCUGAAACUUCUACUUCCUACCCUUUUUUUAGUUCCUCUUUUUCUUAAAUUUGAGUACGAAGCUUUAAACAUCGAACUCUGAUUGGAUUUAGUCACAUCUCUCUUUGUUGCCCAAACAUGUAUCCAAUCUGAAUUCCAUCUUGUUCUUGAAUGACCUCCCCUAAUGUCUUCGUGUUUAAGUGGAAGUAGUAGUGAAGCCUAUGGGCUCGACCUUGACAUCGUCAAAUCCCCAUUUACAUCAAUUCGAACCUUGCACACUUCUUCAGCUUCUUCAACUCCCUUGGAAUCGAGUAAUUCCCUGCUCAUAAUCUUCACUCGAAAACCUUGAACUACUCGAAAACCUUGAACUGCUCGAAAGCGCCUGAACCAAACCUAUAACGAAGCUGUAGCCCUCCUCUCCUCCGCCUAUCCCAACAUCUUUCAUACCAAAAACCUCACAAAAACUCGUAAAUUUAUCAAACAACGUGAUUCUUUUUUAGACGAGGCCCCAGAGUUGUUGCUACCCUUUCGAGGAAUCGACAAUUCUGCUUUCUUGCUUCACCAACCAAUCCAAGAAAAGCCCAGUUUUCAAAUCCAAACGAAGAUUGCAAACUUUUGUGAAAACUCGUGUCAAAGUCCAGGAGAAGUUGAUUUCCAUGAAAGUUCCUUAGAAUUUUGUGAUGGGUACAAGGAGGAUUUUGAUGCAAAAUCAAUAUUUGAUGAAGAUAUGAAGGAGGGAAUCGAUAGUAUUCUGGGAAAUCUGAGUGUGGAUACGGGUAUAGUGGAUGAAUUUAGUGAUGCUUCUUGUAGUAGCGUCCGGGAGAAUACUAGGUGUGAGAAUCCAAUUCCAAUGGGGCCAGGAUUUGGCAGGAAAUACGACUUUGGAUUUGGGAUGAAGAUCGAUGGAGCAGUAAGAGCGUUAAGACAUGUCGAUGAUGGGAACUGCUCGGGUUCCCCCAUUGUGGAUGUCCGUCAAAACUCUCCCAAAUUCCACAAGACUCCAGUUCUUACCAACAAGAAGAAGAAGAAGGUAGAAAAGUCAACCGUGGAAUCGAAGGACAAGGAAUCGUCCAAAGAUAACUCACCACCGAAACCCAAUUCCUGGUUGAUAUUGAAACUCAAUUUCAAAGAGGUUUUAAACGCUUGGUCCGACCGGGGUUCUCUAUUUCUCGAUGAAAUCCCAGGAGAUGAUGCCAGGCUCGCUCAUAUUGAUUUAUUUCUGGAAGACGGAGUAAGGGAAGCCAACGUGCUGUGCUAUAAGGAAAAGCGGCAUACACGACUCUUCUCUAAGAAGAUCAUAUACCAGGUUAAAAAAGUCAAUGCCGAUCGACGAUCCAGAAUGAAGGUAAUUUGCAAACAACUAUUAUUUAGACCGAUGAUACAAUAGUUGUUGAAUAAUGCUACUUUCUCCCUUUCUCUGACCUAUGUACGUUGUUUGGGACUUUGCAGGGGCGCUUUGUUAGGAGGUUGAAUUCAAACACAAAUUGCCAAAGUUGAGAAUAAAAAAAAAAAAUCUAUCUAUUUCAAAUGACAUGAAUAAUAAUUUUUCUUGGUUCAAGCCUCUGACAAAGAUGACUAUUUCUCAACUCUUUUUCUCAGUCGU